UGAACUUGGUUCAGUAAAAAGAAGUGGAAUUCCCAGGACAUCUGCUCUGGAGUGCUUGGCAGAGCUGUCCAGAAAGAAAUGAAGGGAUUCAAGUGUUUUCUCAUCUGCUUCUUUCUUUUGGAAGCACAAGCCUUCGAAAUACCCACAGAUGAACUUUCUGAAUUUGCAGAAUAUGGAGAUCUUUUGGAACCGGCUCCAGGCAAAUUCCAAUUUGUUCCAGACAACCGGAGGUAUCAGAGAAGCCUUCCGGGAGAAUCGGGAGAAGUGAGGGAGGAUGUUGAUCAAGUAACGCUGUAUAGCUAUAAAGUCCAGUCCACCAUUACUUCUCGUGUGGCCAACACCAUGAUCCAGAGCAAACUGGUGAACAACUCGCCCCAGCCUCAGAAUGUGGUGUUUGAUGUUGAGAUUCCAAAAGGAGCUUUCAUUUCCAACUUCUCCAUGACUGUAGGUGGCAUGACAUUUACAAGUUCCAUUAAGGAGAAAACAGUGGGCCAGACUCUCUACGCACAGGCCAGGGCAAAGGGCAAGACCGCUGGAUUGGUGCGGAGCAAGACCUUUGACAUGGAGAGCUUCCAAACCGAGGUGAACGUCCCGCCUGGAGCAAAGGUGCAGUUCGAGCUUCAUUAUGAGGAAGUGAAGUGGAGGAAGCUGGGAUCCUAUGAGCACAGGAUUCACCUGCAGCCGGGACGGCUGGCCAAGCACUUGGAGGUAAACGUGUGGAUAGUUGAACCUCAAGGACUGCGAUUUCUUCACGUUCCUGACACAUUUGAAGGCCAUUUCGAUGGUGUUCCUGUCAUCUCCAAAGGACACCAGAAGGCUCAUGUCUCCUUCAAGCCCACGGUGGCACAGCAGAGAAAGUGUUCCAACUGCUCUGAGACUGCGGUCGACGGCCAGCUGCUGGUGAUGUAUGACGUGAACAGGGAGGAGAAGGCUGGGGAACUCGAGGUAUUCAAUGGGUAUUUCAUCCACUUCUUUGCUCCUGAGAACCUGGAACCUAUUCCCAAAAACAUCCUCUUUGUUAUUGAUGUUAGUGGUUCAAUGUGGGGAGUUAAAAUGAAACAAACUGUGGAAGCAAUGAAAACAAUAUUGGAUGACCUACAUGCAGAAGACCAAUUCUCUGUAGUUGAUUUCAACCACAACAUUCGAACCUGGAGAAAUGACUUAGUUUCAGCCACUAAAACACAAGUCGCAGAUGCCAAGAGGUACAUAGAGAAAAUUCAGCCCAAUGGAGGCACAAACAUCAAUGAAGCACUCCUGCGGGCAAUCUUUAUUCUGAAUGAAGCCAAUAACUUGGGACUAUUGGACCCCAACUCCGUCUCUCUAAUAAUUUUGGUUUCAGAUGGAGAUCCAACUGUAGGUGAACUAAAACUGUCAAAAAUUCAGAAAAACGUGAAAAAAAACAUACAAGACAAUAUCUCGUUGUUCAGUUUGGGCAUAGGAUUUGAUGUGGAUUAUGAUUUUUUGAAGAGACUAUCCAAUGAAAACCGUGGACUUGCUCAAAGGAUUUAUGGAAACCAGGACACGGCUUCCCAGCUUAAGAAAUUCUACAACCAAGUUUCUACCCCAUUACUUCGGAAUGUUCAGUUCAACUAUCCUGACACAUCAGUAACGGACAUCACUCAAAACAAUUUCCCCAGUUACUUUGAAGGUUCAGAGAUUGUGGUGGCAGGAAGAUUCGACCCUGAUAAGUUGAAGCAAAUACAGAGCAUUAUCACUGCUACUUCGGCAAACACGGAGUUAGUCUUGGAGACCCUGGCCCAGAUGGAUGACUUGGAAGAAUUUCUAUCAAAAGACAAGCAUGCUGAUCCCAAUUUCACCAAGAAAUUGUGGGCCUAUUUAACCAUCAAUCAGCUGCUAGCUGAGCGAAGCCUGGCUUCUACAGAGGUUGCCAAAAAGAAAAUUACCAAAACAAUCCUGCAGAUGUCGCUUGAACAUCAUAUUGUGACCCCAUUCACUGCGAUGGUGAUCGAGAAUGAUGCUGGGGAUGAACGCAUGCUGGCCGAUUCUCCUCCACAGGAUCGUUCUUGCUGUGGAGGUUCCCUGUAUUAUGGUGAAAAAGUUCCACCAACUUCGAUCCCUUCUUGGGCCAACCCUUCUCCAGCACCAGUGGUUUCAAUGCAAUUGGCAGCAUCUCCUGUGCUUGAGUCCACUCCUCCUCCACAUGUGAUGAGAGUUGAAAACGAUCCACAUUUCAUCAUUUACCUGCCCAAAAGCCAAAUGAAUAUUUGUUUCAAUAUUGACUCAGAACCCGGGAGAAUCCUCAACCUGGUUUCUGAUCCGGAGUCAGGGAUUUCAGUCAAUGGUCAGCUUAUCGGUGCCAAGAAGUUCCAGAAUGGAAAACUAAGAACUUAUUUUGGAAAACUGGGAUUAUAUAUUCAAAACAAAGACGUGAAAAUAGAAAUCAGCACUGAGAACAUUACCCUGCAUCACGGCUCUCGUACGUCUGUCUUGUCCUGGUCUGACACGGCUCACGUGGCUUAUCAGAGGGUGGUUAUCUCAGUGAAGAAAGAAAAAACUGUGACUGUCACUGUGGGUAAAGACAUGUUUUUUUCUGUUCUACUUCAUCGUGUGUGGAAGAAGCACCCUGUUAAUGUAGACUUUCUGGGGAUCUACAUUCCACCCACAAGCACGUUUUCUCCGAAAACACAUGGACUUAUAGGCCAGUUCAUGCAUGAGCCCAGGGUGCAAAUCUUCAAUGAGAGACUAGGAACAGAUCCCGAGAAGCCAGAGGCAAGCAUGGAAGUGAAAGGACAUACACUGACUGUCACCAGGGGCUUGCAGAAAGACUACAGGACGGAUACAGUGUUCGGGACAGACGUUCCCUGUUGGUUUGUGCACAACAGUGGAAAGGGUUUCAUCGAUGGACGUUACAAGGAUUACUUUGUGCCUCAGCUCUUCAGCUUUCUUAAAUGGUCUUAAAGGUUUACUGUUUUGGAAGUUGCACAUAUGAAGAUGGCUUCCCUCUUUUCCCUGCCACUUGUACAGUACAGUCAUUUCUCAGUUCAAAUGACUUAAAAAAAAAGAUAUGGGGGGUUAUAGUCUAUUAACACACUUGAAGCAAAUAAAUAUUUUGCAAAGAA